AUGGACACCUGCCUAAAUAGGCCGGAGAAAUCAUCCAACCCAUCAAACACAACCACCAAUACUACCUUCCUGUCAUUCCUACCGAGUAAACUUAUUCUUUCUAAAACCAUCCCAAACCCCCACAAAAACCCACCCUACGAAUCUAGAAGUAGCCAAAGAGUAAAAAAAAAAAAAAAACACAAAAUGGCAACCUACUCAGUCUACCUCAUGGCCGAAAGCGGCCUCCCGCGCGACCACCACGCUAUCUUCGUCGAGACUUACGAGAACGGUCCCUCCACUGGCCACCUCUACCACGUCAAAGGGAAUAUCCAAGAAGGCAUGAUCUCCGAGCAUCGGGCUGAGCAGCCGCCGGAGGAGAUCCCGGGGUUCUGUGGCAAGGAGAAGCUUGGUGUGGUCGCGGUCGCGGAGUACGGGCGCGUCUUGGGGAUUUGCGAGGGCGUGCCGGUGCCCAAGAAGCAGUUUCAAGGGGCGAAGAGGUUGUAUCCGCGGGAACCGUUGAGACGGUGUCAGGAGUGGGUUGCUGAGGCUGUUGAUGCUCUGAAGGGGGAGGGUGUUUUAAUUGGGAGUGAUUAG